AAAAAGGAGGCGACGCGGUGAAGCCAAAGCGGGCGUCUGCGAAGAAAGGCAAAUUUCAGCGGAGGGUCAGUAUUGGCCCAGGUGAUGGCGCCCCCCACGGCCUAGAGGUCCCGCGUCCGCAGCAAGCCUCACGCUGUCCUGUGUCCGACUGAGUCCUGGUUCCCUUGAAGAUGUUGGUCCCGCUGGCCAGGCUGUCCUGCCCUGGGAUAAGGACAAGAGAUGGGAAGGAGUGAGCAUGGAGAGGUUUGCAGAAGAAGCAGAUGUAGUAAUAGUUGGUGCAGGCCCUGCAGGGCUGUCUGCAGCUAUUCGUCUAAAGCAGUUGGCUGCUCAACACGAAAAGGAUAUCCGAGUGUGUCUGGUGGAGAAAGCGGCUCAGAUAGGAGCACAUACUCUCUCAGGGGCUUGCCUUGAUCCACGUGCUUUUGAAGAACUGUUCCCAGACUGGAAGGAGAAGGGAGCACCACUUAAAACACUUGUAACAGAAGACAGAUUUGGGAUUUUAACAGAGAAAGGCAGAAUUCCUGUGCCAAUUCUUCCAGGUCUUCCAAUGAAUAACCAUGGCAAUUACAUUGUACGCUUGGGCCACUUGGUAAGCUGGAUGGGAGAGCAAGCAGAAGCCCUGGGUGUGGAAGUAUACCCUGGUUAUGCUGCUGCUGAGGUCCUUUUUCAUGAGGAUGGUAGUGUAAAAGGAAUUGCCACUAACGAUGUAGGGAUACAAAAGGAUGGUGCACCAAAGACAACAUUUGAGAGAGGACUAGAACUACAAGCUAAAGUCACCAUUUUUGCUGAGGGUUGCCAUGGACAUCUAUCUAAGCAACUAUAUAAGAAGUUUGACUUGAGGGCCAAUUGUGAGCCCCAGACCUAUGGAAUUGGACUGAAAGAGUUAUGGAUUAUUGACGAAAAGAAGUGGAAACCCGGGAGAGUAGACCACACGGUCGGCUGGCCCUUGGACAGACACACUUACGGAGGCUCUUUCCUCUAUCAUUUAAAUGAAGGUGAACCACUGGUGGCUCUUGGUUUUGUGGUUGGUCUGGACUAUCAAAAUCCAUACCUGAGUCCAUUUAGAGAGUUCCAAAGGUGGAAACACCACCCCAGCAUUCAGCCAACAUUGGAAGGCGGGAAAAGGAUUGCAUAUGGAGCCAGAGCUCUGAAUGAAGGUGGCUUUCAGUCUAUACCAAAACUCACCUUCCCUGGUGGUUUACUGAUUGGUUGUAGCCCUGGUUUCAUGAAUGUUCCUAAGAUCAAAGGUACUCACACAGCCAUGAAAAGUGGAAUUUUGGCAGCAGAGUCCAUUUUUAAUCAACUUACCAGUGAGAAUCUCCAAUCAAAGACAGUAGGGCUCCAUGUACCUGAGUAUGAGGACAAUUUGAAGAAAUCAUGGGUGUGGAAAGAGCUAUAUUCUGUUAGAAAUAUAAGACCAUCCUGUCAUGGAAUACUGGGUGUAUACGGAGGGAUGAUUUAUACUGGAAUUUUUUACUGGAUAUUUAGAGGAAUGGAGCCAUGGACUCUAAAACACAAAGGCUCCGACUCUGAUCAGCUCAAGCCAGCCAAGGACUGCACACCUAUUGACUAUCCAAAACCCGAUGGACAGAUCAGUUUCGACCUUCUGUCAUCAGUGGCUCUGAGUGGCACUAAUCAUGAACAUGACCAGCCAGCACAUUUAACCUUAAAGGAUGACAGUGUACCUGUAAAUAGAAAUCUGUCCAUAUACGAUGGGCCUGAACAGCGAUUCUGCCCUGCAGGAGUUUAUGAAUUUGUGCCUUUGGAACAAGGUGAUGGAUUUCGAUUACAGAUAAAUGCUCAGAACUGUGUGCACUGUAAAACAUGUGAUAUUAAAGAUCCAAGUCAGAAUAUUAACUGGGUGGUACCUGAAGGUGGUGGAGGACCCGCUUACAAUGGAAUGUAAACUACAACUGAUUUUACUUAGUCAUUUUUGAUUGCCAAUUUCCCCAGAAUUAUGGUAAGCUAACUUUACAGUGCUUAAGAGAUUAACAAGUACAAAUCUUACAGCAGAGUGUUCAUUAUCAGUGAAAUAAAAAUUUUAUACUAUGCCUACAACUGUCCCAUAACAAAGUACUGCUCAAAUAAAAUUUAAGUGAUAUAGCAUCAAUUUACCUCUUUAAUUCUUCAGAGAUUCGGUAUCAACAGCACAAUCACUACAGACAUUAAUUUGUCCAACUGAAGACUUUAAGUACAAAAAUAAAGGUAUAAACCAGAGGUUGGCAUCCAGGUGGCCAAUUUACAAAGAGUUUGAUUGGGACAUAACCAUGUGUGCUGGUUUACAUGUGGCUACUUUUGAGCUAUAGCUACAGACUGAGUAGUUAUUAAAUGAUCCACAAAGCCUAAAGCAUUUAUUAUUUGGCCCUCU